AUGUGGAUCGCACCAACAAUAUGCUAUGUUUUGAUAUUGCUUCUUUCACUACUAGGGAUAAGAUAUCACAUAAACAUCUUCAAAUACCCUGUAUAUUUGACUUUACCAUUGACAUUGGGUAUAUACAUCCCAUUAUCGAUUGUGUUUACCCUCCCAUUGGACUAUGUCUCCCACAAUACACAACUGACUCAAGAAAUAACCUGGUUUGGUUUACCUGAUACAGUCAUCUUAUACAUUUGGAAAUCAAACUAUUGGAUUACAUUUCUUCUCACUUGGAUCAUACUACCUGUUUUGUUGGAAUUUUAUCGAUCAGGACACCAUGACGCCUACAGUAAACUCAAGGAUGCAAUCAGAGAGAAUUUGAAAUUUCAAGUUAUAAUGAUCUCUGUUUCACUUGUUGGACUUAUCUACAUGUUGAUAGAAGUUGGACUCAAUUUAAACCAUUUGAAAUUGAUGAUCAUUGCCAUUUCGCAUGUGUAUUCUUUAAUCUUGGCCACAUGGUUGAUGGGGCAUGGGUUGAUUAGUAUACCUCGAAAUAAGUGGGUUCAAGGUUCAGUUGUCAACGAUUUGAAUCACCAUUAUCUCAAACUUCCCAAGCUAGUUGAUGAUCUAGAGGAUGUGAGGAUUUCAUUUAGAGAAGAUGUUUUAAAAGUAAUUGUUUUAAAACAAAACUAUACUAGUGAAUCAAUUGAAGAUUUCAAGUAUCGCGAUUGGAUUUUGAAUUUAUACGACUCGAUUCCUGGUGAAAUUAGAGAACAAGUGGAGAAGCAGUAUCUACAUGAUACUACUACCAUAGAUCGUGAUCAGUUGAAUGAUCAGUUCAUGACAAGUUUGAAUUCGCUGUUUAGUCUGAACUUGAACAGACUCAUUGGAUAUCAAUCUGAGUUCAACAGAAUGAUUUCGAAAAUCCUAAGGUUGGAGGAUGUAUUGACUGCCGUAUCGUCAAGAGAGUUGAUUUUCAGAGUAGACAACCAUCGUGUUUUAUGGAGUCCCAAAUUCAAUUUCAUCUAUUGGUAUUAUCUUCGACCUAUCUCCAACAAGAUUGCGGCAGCUGUAUUGGGAGUGGCCUCACUUGUCAUUUUGCAGUCGGAAUUUUUCCACUCGACCAAAAUCUCUUUAAUGAAUGUGUUUGUCUACUCAACGGAUAUUCACAAUCAUUCAUUUUUACAAUUUGCCAUAUCUUGCAUUGUAUUUUCAUACAUGUUGUUUGCAGCAUUGCACUCGUUGACUCAGUUGAAAAUUUUCAACAUGUAUCAUUUGGUUCCACGUAACUCUGACCCAGUGCUGGCCUGUUGGUACGCCAUGUACAUUGCUAGAUUGACAAUUCCGUUGAGCUACAACUUCAUCACCUUGUUUGUCAGUCGAGAUUCCAUCUUUGAAAAAUGGUAUGGUCAAUCAGUGCAUCUCACUGGGUUAUUCAACUUGUUAAACAAUUGGAUUCCAAGGUUGAUUUUGGUACCAGUGUUGUUGGCCAUGUUUCACGUUUACGACAAGGUGAAGAAGAGACUUGGAUUCGGUGAUCUUUACGACUCGUGGAUCUUGUUUGAUGAAGAUGAGGAACACAACAAUGAUGACUCGAAUAAGCGAUCAGAUUUGAUAAUUGUUGAAGCCAAGAGAAUCGUGUCGAGGGAGAUGUCCCGUCGACAAAUGCAUUUGCGACCCUUUCAUUUAACAAAUAGUAGUGCAGAUAACAUCAAUAACUUGAAUCCAGCAGAUGCCAAUUAUGAAAGACGAAGACGCGAGUUCAACAACACAUUAGCCAAUAGAAUUGAUAAUUCACCAGAUGAGGAGCCUGUGUACUACGAUGGUACCUUAAAUGCUCCUCAAGGUGGUAUACGAGGACGAAUUGGUCAAUUCUUUGGUGGGUUUUUCCAAAGAAAUGAGCAUAGUGCCCCUCAAAGACCAUAUAGAGAUGAACCCUUAGACGAUUUCGACUACGACCAUGAUGCUAAUGAGAACUUGGUAUUAUAG